UACUGUGUAUGCAGCAGUAUGCACUAUUGCUAUUAUUUUUGUGUUAGAAUGUAGAAUUUAUACUGAAUAAUUAAAAUAUUAUAAUUUAAACUAAAACAUAGCGAAUAAAUAAACAAUAUGUGGUCUAUAAUAAUUUUAGUAAUAUUCUCGAUUAUUGCUUUUCUGAUUACCGAUGAAUUGAUACCAAAUUUGAAGGAAUUGUUCAUAAAAGCUGGUUUAGGUGGCAUAGAUUUAUGUAAAACUAGCAAGCAGAAAAUUCCUGAAGCAUUGGGAGUAGUCUCAGGAUGUGUUUUCCUGGUGACAUGUUUCUUAUUCAUACCUAUAGUUUUUGGCAACAGUCUUAUGGACACUGCAAAUUUCCCUCAUAAUGAAUUUGCAGAGUUGUUAGCAGCCCUCCUGUCCAUAUGCUGCAUGCUGCUGCUAGGGUUCGCAGAUGAUGUGUUAGACCUGCGGUGGCGCUACAAGUUACUCCUGCCGACUAUAGCAUCCUUGCCUUUGCUGGUGGUCUACUAUGUCAAUUUCAACUCCACUACAUUCAUUGUGCCAAUACCUUUGAGGCAAUGGCUUGGAGCAUCAAUUAAUAUUGGAUUUCUCUACUAUAUCUACAUGGGAAUGUUGGCAGUAUUCUGCACAAACGCCAUCAACAUCCUGGCAGGAAUCAACGGCCUGGAGGUCGGCCAGUCUGUGGUCAUCGCCAUCUCCAUCAUUGUCUUUGACAUCAUCGAGUUGAGGGGAGACCAGUAUAAGGCCCACACAUUCUCACUACAUAUCAUGAUCCCUUACCUGACUACUGCACUGGCAUUGCUGAAGCACAAUUGGUACCCGUCCAGAGUGUUCGUCGGUGACACGUUUUGCUACGUCUCCGGCAUGACUUUUGCCGUCGUCGCCAUCCUGAGUCACUUCAGCAAAACAGUGAUCCUCUUCUUCAUACCACAAGUCAUCAAUUUCCUCUACUCAGUACCCCAGCUCUUCCGUUUCAUACCCUGCCCCCGCCAUCGCCUCCCUAAAUACAGUGAAGAGCUAGAUUUACUACAACCUAGUAGAACUAUUAUAGUUAAAAAAGAAAUGAAACUAUUAGACUCUUUAAUGCUUGAAAUCUUAACUGUGCUACGCUUAGUAGAUAGAAGAGAAGACAAUGAAAUCAUAACCAUCAACAAUUUGACUUUAAUAAAUUUCUUUUUAAUUAAACUCGGACCUAUGUCUGAAGUAAGGUUGACGACAAAUUUGAUGCUCUUCCAAGUUUUGUGCACUUGUAUAGCAUUUUUAAUAAGAUAUCCAUUGGCGUCAUAUUUUUAUGACACGUAAUUAGGUAAGCAUAAUUUCCAUUUAGUUGUAAGGUAGAUAAAAUACUAAAUGAAUGUUUUGACGAGUGUUGUUUUCGUUACUUUAUUUAUAUUUUAUUAAUAUAUUUUUCAUGUAAAACUGAUCACAAUCGUCGAAACAGUUGAUUAAUCAUAUGUAAACCUUAUUACUAAUGACAUACGGUCCACUAGUAAAUAGUCAAUUGUCAGCGGUUUGAAACGACGUGCCAAAAGUAUCUGCCACCCUCUAAUCAUUUCAGAAUGGAGAUAAAUCUCUACGGUUCUCGUUCAAAAGUAUUUUCCACAGUAAUUUUUCUAUAUAAUAUAUAGUUUGUUUGUUUUUACGGCACUGUUCGGCUGUUUUGGGUACUACGUCGGUGGACAGUGUGGACGAACCAUUAGCGAAUGACGUAGUGAGUGUUGUGUGCAACCCAUCAUGUAACAAUAAUGCCGUAAAUGAGGGUAGUUUCUCGCCCCCCCUGCCGCCACCGGCGCCCGCGCCGAGUCAUCGGGCGCAUAGGGCUGCGGCCCGCAGUCUGCCGGUCCGUCACCGUCAACGCUAGCUCCUGAUGACACUUCUCGGAGUGAAACAUGUCGAGCGUUUUUCGACUUAAAAUACGUGAGUGACCUGUUAAUAUAUUUAUAUGUCUGUGUCUAACGGAAGUUUUGUUUAUGUAGCCUUAUGUCUUUGUAAUAAGGUUUACAUUGCCACUUGACAAUACGUUGUGUAUAAAUGGGUGUAAAUUGAAUUGCCGAGUGAAGAAAUGAGAUGAUAAUUAAUCCUUGUUUGAUCUGAUGAAGUGUUCAAAGAGAUCGAAUAUUAUCUACAAGAUUAAAUAUUAGGCAUGUAAAAUAUUCGGUAUUGACUGAUUUGAGAUAAAUAUUAACAAAAGUAAAGAUUUGUUUUUAUACACCCCAGAUACUAAAAUUUCUAUACAAAAUCAAAUUUAAUACUUAGGUAAUUAACAGUAGAUUAGCCAAUGAAAGUCAUUUUAUUAUCUGGGAUAUAAAAAUAAUGAAAAAAUACCAAACAAAAUAACAUGAAAAGACCACAUAAAAUUGAGAACUUUUAGAUAUAUGUAUAUAUAUAUUAUUUAAGAAGUUUUGCGUGGUUUU